AUGGAAGACGACACCCGCGCCAAGAUCACCGACGCGGUAGACAAUCAACCGCAGAGCACUGUAACGGUUCUGUCAUCGUUACUGGCCAUUGAAGAUGCAAUUGGGUAUAUACCCGAAGCAGCAGUUGAAGCGGUUGCGCGCCGCAUGGACGCAACCAUCAACGACGUAUGGGCGGUGGCGACCUUUUAUCCCAACUUCCGGUUCGAUCCUCCUGCGGAACACCGCGUCGAGGUUUGCUGGGGUCCUUCUUGCCACAUAAUGGGGGCGACCGCGAUCAUCGCCGCAGCCCAUGACGCACUCAACCUGCCAGGCGAGGGAGACACUCCGGAUGGCAAGGCUACCUUGCGUUACAACACCUGCCUGGGGGCCUGCGCCCACGCCCCGGUAAUGGCCAUCGACCACCACCUGGCCGGCCGCAUCACGCCUGAAUCGGCACGCGCGCGCAUCGGAUCGAUGCUUUCAUCCGACUCCGCGCACUGA